ACGCGCCUGCGCGAGACGCUGAGCUGCCAUGACAACGGCGGUAGCUUCUUUCCGUUACUGAAGCUGGGGAGAAGUGGAGGACCCGGUUAGCAUGCUGGUCAUGCUAGUUAGCUAGUUAUACGAUGCUAACCAGCUAGUUAACAAACUCAGCUCAGGCGCGCAAUGACAAAGGAGUCACUUCUCGCGGUUUUCUGUCAGCGGUGAGAGCGCCAUGACCGUCCGCUUCAAGUGUCGGAGUGAAUACCAGAAGAGCUACAGGGUUUCCCGGUCCAGAAGUGUGUCUCCUCAGCGCUGCGCCCCGUUGGCCGGCCUGCGCUCCGACCAGAUGGGUAUCAGCAGAGAACCAGGUCUCCAGCGUCGGAAGAGGCCCGGUCCUGCUGGUCUUGCUCAGUCCUGCAGCUCUCUGCUCUGUCCACCAGAUCCACAGCACUCCCUCGCUCAUCUGACUCCUCAUGCACACAGAACAGCACACCCUGCUGCCUCUAGGAGUCGCUCAGCCCACAGGAAGGAGCCACAACCUCCAACACCUCCUGGUCCUGCAGACCCAGAACCUCCAGCAGGACCACGACCUGCUGCAGACCCAAGACCUCCAGCAAGCCCCCGACCUGCUGCAGACCCAAGACCUCCAGCGGGACCACGACCUGCUGCAGACCCAAGACCUCCAGCAAGCCCCCGACCUGCUGCAGACCCAGGACCUCCAGCAGGACCACGACCUGCUGCAGACCCAGGACCUCCAGCAGGACCCCGACCUGCUGCAAACCCUGGACCAUCGGUAGAACCAGGAGCUGCUGGAAAAUCUGCGAAGCCCCACCCCUCCAAGCCUGACAGCCAACCACAGCUGAGCCAACCUUUGAAAGCAGCACCUGACGGACAGCAGCCCUCGACCAAUGAGGUUCAGCAUGCUCUGCGGUGGAGGGCGGGGCUGAGGUCGGGAGGUCAAAGGUCAGGAGCUCAUAGGUCGGAGUACCACAGACAGUUCAGCUGGAAGAAACCUGCAACUGCUGCUUCUCCCAUACUGACUGCAGAACAGGCGCUCCACUCCAGCAGCAGAUCUGUGCCCCCCUUUAAGAAGAACCUCGUUUCCAUGGAAACAGAGUACCAGCGGAGCUUCCAGGGUCUGGUCCCACCCACCAAGCCCCGCCUUCGGAAACACCUGGAACAUCAGAGAGUCCCACUGUUCCACACACACGUGACCAACAAAAAGAGGAGGGAGGAGUCAGAGAAGAAGCCGCGCCCUAAACGUGAUGCCCCCGCCCCUCAGAAAGAGGACGUCACGCCCCCUCCUCCUCCUCAGGUGCAGAGAGGACACAGGAUGUUGACAGAGUAUGAGUCCAGCUUUCGUUCUCCCCUCUACAGGAUCCCGGAGGGAGGCGGGGCCACGGACGGCGAUGCCCCUCAGGUGAAGGAGUUGAGGCAGAAGGCCUUGUCGUACCGCCGUCGAGCCUGGGGAGCUAAUUUCUCCAGAGAUCACCUGAGCCAGCUGGUUUCUGAACACAACGCUCUGUGGGAGCCAACAGACACCACAGGCUCAGCUACUGACCCCCCCACCCCCCGCCUGACCUUUGACCUCUGCCGUGACCCGGGCAGCCGCAGCUCUUCCUGUGUGGAGGCCCUGGACCUGGCCAGCCGCUCCAGUGACUCCAGUAAGAGGUCUUCUGUUCCGGGGUCAGGAGAAAUACACCGAACAAACAAAAACACACAAAUAAAAGCGCCUCCCAGUCCUCCUGCUGAACGGCGUAAGGCCUGGGGAGAAGAAGAAGACGAAGAAGAAGAAGAAGAAGAAAAUACAAACGAGGAGGAGGGAAGGUUACCGACUCCGAGGCUGAAGAUGCUACCUGUUCAGAGAACUCACCAUGACCUCACCACACCUGUCACUGGAGGCGCUAUACUUGUGGGAAAACUGAAGAGCAGUGAUGAAUCUUCUCCAUACAAACAACAGAGGGGUGGGUCAGCCGUUUCCAUGGCGGCGGGGGCGGAGACAGCGCUCGACGUGCCGGUCCAACGGAUGGAGGCGUGGCCAGAGAAUAACUCCCCCCACAGAUCGUCCUCUGGCUCCUCCCCUGACGACAAACCAGCUGCCAGUCCUCCCUCUAAACCAAUCAGGACGAAGCAAACGCCUCCGUCCCCUGUAGCCCCGCCCCCUCUGGUCCCACCCCCGCCGCACUGUAUCCAAGGCACUCUGAGACACCCCGACUUCCAACACAACGGUGAGUUGGGUUUGAGGUUCAGGGAGCUGCAGUGUUCAGGAGGAGGCUGCGGCUCCGAUGAAGACGACCGGCUGUCGGUGAUGUCGUGGCGUUCGGCAGCUUCCUGCUCCAUGGCGUCCACCGUGCUAGAGCGCGCUCAGAAGAGACGAGAGGACUUCUGGGGGAAGAGAUGACCUCUGACCUCCCGACCCCAACCAGGUCACCGCUGUCGCUAUGGAAACCAGCACGUUGUUUGUAGAGUUUUAGCUGAUCGAUCACUGUCGUACAGUAAUUAGUGAGAUUAAUGUAUUUUUAUAGAUUUAAGUGAUUUAAUUUAAAUAGCGAGAAUAAUGCAGUUUUAUAGAUUAAUUUAAUAUGCUGAUAAUUGUACUGUUCCUUUUUACACUACAGUUUUAUAAUAGAUGUUUUUAUAAAUGUAGUAAUUAUGUGUAUUUAGUAAUUAUGUUGCUUACUGUGUGAUUGCUGAGAUCAAAGCCAUAAAAGUGACAUGAACACCAA